AUGUUAAGGGAUUUAUCAGAUCAAGACCUCAUUUCGUGGCCAGAUGACUGUCCAGAUGAUUGUGAAUGCACUUGCGUCUCUGAUGACGACGAGUUUCACGUUAAAGUAGACUGCUCUGGACGGGGACUACAAAAAGUCCCUGAAAAACUUCCAAUCCGUACAAGAGAACUUUAUUUACAAGACAAUUUCUUGACCAAUCCACUGAACUUUGACAAGGGCAUCUUUGGCGAUCUUGUGUCUUUGGACCUGGAAAGGAAUUUGUUACAAAGUUUAGACUUUUACUUGCCUGAGAAUCUCACCGUGUUGAAAUUGGCUUCAAACAACCUAACCCGAUUUUUCAACUCUGAACCGUCCGAGAAUAUUCAAAUUUGGAGUUUGUCAGACAAUCCAUGGAUUUGCGACUGUGAAACACGGGAUUUCAAAAACUGGAUGAUAUCACAAAAGACCAAGAUUGUUGAUGUCAACGAAACUCGAUGUAGUUUUGACACAGAAGAUGAAGGCCUCAGAGAUCAAAUCAUCGUGUUCUUAAAUGAAGCACAACUUUGUCCAACAUCAGUCAGUACAAUCGUAGUAAUAACCGUUGGAUUACUAAUUUCUGUUCUGGCCAUUACGUCCACCAUCUUGCUGCAUUCCAAGUACCGGUACCACUUGAAAGUAUGGCUUUACUCCAGAGGGUUGACGUGGCUCAAAAAAGCUGAAGACCAAGACUUCGGUAAACUCCAUGACGCGUACAUUUCUGCAGCAGAGGAAGACUUGCAUUUGAUUGUCAGAUAUUUGAUACCAGAACUUGAAGAAAAAGAUCCUUAUUACUCCUUGUAUAUCCCAGGAAGAGAUAUGUUAGGUGGAGAAUUCGAAAUCGAUAAACAAAUGGAAGAAGUCAAAAAGAGCAAAAGGUUAAAAUGCCUCAAAGAUUCUCUAUGGGGUUUGAAUCAUCGCUUCUUGCCUGACAGUCCUGAAGUUUCGCAGAAUUGGCUUCAAACCAUGAGCGUGAUCCACAAGACACAUGGCAAUUUGCAUUGUCUUGUUGAAACAUAUAUUCACCACCAUAGGCGUGCUGGGGUCACCACUGGUUCUAAUGGGCAGUAUCGACUAUGUGCAAAGUUAUUGUAA